GUUUCAACUUUGAACCUACCAUAGUAAAGAAAAAGGUUUGACAUAAGCGUACUGUUUUGAAAUGCAGAAUUUCACAAUAUCAGUGGAUAUAUAAGGGAAGGGUUUGUUUUGCGCAAUCACAUGGUUUGAAAGCAAUUGGUCUGGGUCCAUCAUGUCUGGAUCAACCUACGUACAACAAAUCAAGGCCCUGGUGACCAGGAACAUUCUCAUCAAGAGAAGGAACUGGGUCGUUUUUUUCUUGACGGAAAUCUUUCUACCAGUGGCUCUAAUUGCAGUCACAGCAGUAUUUAAGCUUUCUGUGCCAGUAACUCCUUGGCCAGCAAUAGAAAAAUUUGAUGAAAAUCAACUGUUUCAAAACCAGUUCUAUCCACCAUCCUCAAGAUCCAUCAUGGUUGUCCCUAAGUCCAGUGUUAUUCAGGAGAUAAUGAAUGAUGCCACCAGUUCUCUUAAUAUCACAGCAAACCCUCCAUUCCAAAUGUUUGAUACUGAAAAUGAUAUGAUCACAGAAUUCCGGGAGAACAGCUCAUAUUACUCCAUUGCUGUUGUGUUUGAAAAUGCAGACCUGUCUAAUGGCUCGUACAAGAUCCGUGUUGCAUACAAAGAUACCCCAAGUGAUGGAAUCGAUGAAAGUGAGGAUGCAAGAAGUCCAAGCCCGCCUAUUCAGGGACCAGGUACAUACUGUAGAACUGGUCGGUACAACUGCCCUGCCAACCAGUACCUGUGGUCAGGAUUUGCCACUUUGCAAGUUGCUGUAGACAGUGCCAUUUUAAAAAGGAAAGCCAACCUGAGUACAUUUGUUGUUCCAGACAUAUCAGUUGAAAUGAUGCCCAAGGCCAGAUAUGAGCCUACAGCUGACUGGCUACAGGGUUUAGUGUCAGUUUGGAUUGUAGUCACCUUUGCAUCAGCCAUAGUAGACUUUCAAAAGCAACUAGUCACAGAGAAAAAGAAAAAAUUGAAGGAACCUAUGAAAUUAAUGGGAAUGAAAGAAUUUUCAUAUUGGUUUUCCUGGACUGUGGUUUAUGGUGUUGUCUCGACCGUCAUGGCUUUCAUCGUUGCUGGGAUCCUGUUUAUUGGGACAGUGUUCACAGUCAGCAACUACGGUCUGAUUGUCCUCCUUAUGCUGCUCUACAUCUAUGCCACCUAUAGCCUUGUGUACAGCUUGAGUACCUUCUUCACCAAUGACACAUUGUCUGGACUCUUGAUUUUUUUCUCAGUGAUGGUGAUGGGGGCACUCUUUUAUGUAGUGCAGGGGCCAAGGUUUUUUGGGGAGAAUGUCCCUUUGGGAGUGAUAUGGUUUCUUUGUAUUUUUCCGCCAACUGCAGUGGCCAUUGGAAUGGACCAGGCCAUUUUUCUUGAUUUGAAAGUUGGAGGAGUCCACACAUCUACCAUGUACUACACAAAUACCAUACAAAACUUUGCUCUGGGCAAUGUUUAUCUCAUGUUGUUUUUAGACAUCAUAUUGUAUUCACUGCUUGGAGCCUGGCUUAACAAUGUUGUACCAAAUGUGUAUGGUAAAAGAAAAAGCAUGUUGUUCUUCUUAAAACGUUCAUAUUGGUCAUCUGAAAGGCAUGAACCAAAGGACUAUAGCAAGUACACACUGGAUGCUGAGACUGUGGAUGAUGUAGAAAAUGUUCCCCAGAGUAUGGAAGAUAAAAAGGCUAUCAGAUUAUACAACAUCAAGAAAUAUUUUAUGAAAAGGGAAAAAAGAAAGAAGAAGAGUCUCUUUGGCUCAUAUGAAUCUGUGAAGUCAUAUGCUGUGAAUGGAGUGACUUUGGAUAUGUAUGAAGGUCAGAUCACAGCUUUACUUGGGCACAAUGGAGCUGGGAAGAGCACAGUUAUUAACAUGAUGACAGGUCUAAUGUCACCUUCAGAUGGGGCUUGUACUAUUUUUGGUCAAGAUGUUCAGGAGGACAGUGAUUUGGAACGUAUUCAGCAGUCCUUGGGAGUAUGUCCCCAACACGACAUCUUAUUUGAUGACCUCUCAGCCAAAGAACACCUGGAAAUAUUUGCCAGACUGAAGGGAAUACAUGAAGACCUGGUGGAGUCAGAGGUGAAGAGAAUUUUAGAUUUGUGUGACCUAGAAGACCAGGUGCACACCUUUGCCAAGGAUCUCAGUGGAGGGCAGAGAAGGAAGCUUUCUGUGGGCAUAGCUCUUAUUGGGGACCCUAAAGUGAUAUUUCUUGAUGAGCCAACUGCAGGAAUGGAUCCAUAUUCUCGCAGAAAGCUGUGGAUGCUGCUGAAGCAGGUGCGUCCUGGGAAGGUUAUCCUCCUCACAACACACUUCAUGGAUGAAGCUGAUAUCUUGGCUGAUCGUAAAGCCAUCCUUUCUAAAGGCCAGUUAAAAUGCUGUGGUUCCUCUAUGUAUCUGAAGAACAAGUUUGGAAUUGGAUAUAGACUCAACAUGGUGAUUGACCAAAAUUGUGACCAAGACAAAGUGACCGAGCUGGUGUUGCAUCAUGUCCCCUCGUCCAAGCUGACCAGGAGCCACGGGAUGGUGUUAACAUACACAUUGCCCAUGGACCAAACAGACAGAUUUGCAGGAUUAUUUGAGGCUCUAGAAAACACUGAAGGGGGUAAGAGAUUUGCUGACCAGUUAGGUGUGAAUGAUUUUGGGAUUUCUAUGCCUACUUUAGAAGAAGUAUUUCUCAAAUUAGCUGAAGAAGGAAAAGAAGAAGAAGAUCUUCAGAAACUUCUUGAUGUAAAAGAUGAAGAUACUACCAUAACACAUUCAAGAGCAGCAUUAGCGAUAAACAACGACGAUGAGACAACUGCGGUGCAACUUCAAGACAUGCACAGGCCAGAAGUCAUAGCCAACCCAGAAGUGAGAGAGAAACAGCAGUUUUGGGGCCUGGUGCGAAUGAGAUUGAUUGUAGUGCGCAGGCUGUGGAUUUUGGCAAUUAUCCGUUGGAUCUUACCAGUUGCUUGUGGCAUAGGAGGUGCAGCUUUAUUGACUAUCCGACCUGAUUUUGACUUCAGUAACCCUCCUACCAACCAGCUGUCUAAUUCUGCAGCCAGGAUGGCAUGUAUUGCAGAACAGACGCCGGUUUUGUGGCUUAACUCUUCAGGUGGCCCAGUUGAUCCGUUUGUCAGUUCUCUCCAAGAGACUGUGAACUACAUUGCUGAGCUGAAUGCAUCCAGUAGUCUGCUGGAUCUAGCUCCUCACUACAUAGCAUAUAACCUGUCCAUAUUUGAUGUCCAAGCACAGGCAUUCAAUGCAUCACUCAAGGCUCUGUACAAUGAUUCAGCUACCCAUGUGAUUCCCAUUCUCUUGAACCAGUGGAGUAACACCAUGCUGUCCAGCCUCACUGGACAACAGUGGACAUGGAAUAUUACAUCUCAGGCUCUGCCUGAACUGAACCCCCUUGUCGGCUUUGAUGGCAAUACAUUUAAUGCCAUUCGCCUUUUAUCAUUGGGCUAUGCUCUGCUGACAUCCAUGUUUGGCUAUCAGGUCACUGAAGACAGGCAGAAAAAAACUCGAGCCAUGCUCAGAAUAGCUGGCAUCACAAAUGCCAUGUACUGGCUGGGUUUUCUGUUUGUUGACGGUGUGCAGUGCCUGUCAGGAGUUGUGAUCAUGACGGGCGGUUCCCUGGCUGUUCAGCCACGGUCUUUUACCCAUGCCGGUGCUAUCUUCACAUUCAUAGUUGGUUCCUUGAUCUACAUUCCACUAGGACUUCUGUUUGGAUAUACAACAUCUUUUCUGUUUGAAAAAGCUGAAAGUGCCUCAAGCUUUGGUACAUGGUCUGCCAUGCUGGGAGGGACCAUUCCGUAUUUGGUGGUGUCUCUUCUGGAUCCAGUGUCUGCUCCUGCCUCAGUGGCACUUCACUAUCUUUUCUGCAUAGUAAGCCCCCUCUACACCAUAGCUGGUCUGGUGCAUUUCAUAGGAAAGGUUUAUCAAGGAUUUCAGAUUUUAGGCAGGGAAAAUGAGAUAACAUUUGGAGACUAUUUUGCAGCAGAUCGGCACGUUCUUUUCACCUUGCUUUUGAUGCUUGUUGAGGUCGUCAUUUGGUUUUUCCUCCUCCGCUUGGCUGAUGUUACCAGUAUGGGCGGCAGCGCACGAGAUGCUUUAUUCUGUUCUCGGAAGAAGGGCAAUGCUGUGUCUGCAACCAAUAAAGACCAUAUAGAGAAGGAGGACCUAGAUGUACUGGAGGAAAGAAGACGAGUUGAAGAGCUUGAUGCAUAUUCUUGUAGAAGUGAUGCCCCAGUGCUGGUUGUAAAAAACCUCAGGAAGGAAUUUGAUAAAAGAACUGGUCAAGGAUGCUGUGGCAUCGGUGCUUCCAAGGUCAAGGUCAUUGUGCGCAACCUGUGUUUUGCGGUCCAGCCAGGAGAAGUGUUUGGUUUGCUGGGACACAAUGGGGCUGGGAAGUCAACCACUAUUAACUGCAUCACAGCUGAGUAUGCUCCCACUAGAGGAAAGGUGACUGUGGCAGGUUAUGACAUAACAUCCAACAUCUCUGAAGCCUUCCGCUAUGUGGGGUUGUGUCCACAGCACGAUGCUCUGUGGGAUUACCUGACACUCAGGGACCAUAUUGAGGUGUUUGCUACCAUCAGAGGGCUGGCAAAGAAGGAUAUUACCAAGAUUGUGGAUUAUUUCAUGGAGGCUCUCCAGAUCACAGAACAUGCUAACAAGAGAAGUAAUAAAUUGUCUGGAGGGACAAAACGCAAGCUCUCCUUCAUCAUCAGCAUGCUGGGACAGCCAAAGAUUGUUCUGAUGGAUGAGCCUUCCACUGGGCUGGACCCUGCCUCCAAGAGGUUCCUAUGGGAUACCAUCACAGAUAUGUUCAAUGGCAGUGGAGAGAGGGGCGCCAUUCUGACCACCCAUGCCAUGGAGGAGGCAGACGCCCUCUGCACACGCAUUGGUAUCAUGGUGGGAGGAGAAUUCAAGUGCAUGGGAGCCAGCCAGCACCUUAAGCUGAAGUUUGGCCAGGGUUAUGUCCUGGAGAUCAAGUUAAGAGCAGAGGGGCUGACCACAGGAGAGCAGGAGCAGAAGUGGGCUGUCCUGAAACAUGAGCUGAAGACGGUGUUUCCAGACAUUGAAGAACUGGAGCUGUUUGGAGACCGUGCUCAGUUUAAGAUCCCCCAGGAAGAUGUGAAGUCACUGGCUGAGGUGUUUGCUUCACUGGAGAGAGCCAAAGAAGUCAAUGAUGUGGAAGAAUACAGCUUCAGUCAAUCCACUCUGGAGCAGGUUUUUGUAGCAUUUGCCAGACAGGAAUAUGAACAAGUAGAGAUAGUGACCUCUUGAAUCCAAAGAAAGCAUGAGGAGUUGCAUUCAUUGUAUUUUCCUUUAAAUUAAGGAAAUUUGAAGCAGAGGAAAAUGUAUGAGGAAUAACUUAUAGUGUCUCUUUAUUGAAACUCAGGGCUCUUUUAUAAACUUAAUAACUUAUAGUGUUGAUCAGUAUUUUAAAAGAAUCAGUUAUCAUGAGCAAAUCAAUUAACUUUUUGAUUUUCUACAAAAUUCAAUUUCAUGAUAAAGAGGUUGUAGUGGAAAUAUUAGGGUAUCUUAGUUUUCCAGUCAUUAUUGUAUUGGUAUGUCCCUUUUAAUGUAGUUACUUGGACAUUUCUAUUGCUUCUAGACAUUCCAUUUCUUAAUGUUAUUUUUCUUACAUGUUUAGUAUUCAUAUCAGUUUUUAAUAUUAUAAAUAGUGGUUUUUAAGCAUGCAGGGAUUAUACUUAUUAAUUUUUAUCAAUAAUUAUAUUUUUUAUUUUUUUAGAAUGGGGUUGAAUGAAAUUUUCAUUUUAACAUGUCAUGAUACAGAACAAUUAUAGUAGUUUUCCUAAAGUUCAAAGCACUUAAAAUUAACUGAUAUUAUCCUUAGCAUACCUUCCUCUGGUAAUUCAUUUAUAAAAAAUAGCUCUGCCAAUAUCUCUUGUUGCAUCAUGCCUCAUUAAUUUAUUAUUCCAAUUAUUCCUUUGAUUCAUUAGUUUACCUUAAAUGUCUUCAAUAUUA